AACGUGCGUAUCUCACUAGGGGUGUCGCGAUUUUAACGGAAUUUCGCGUCGCGAAGUAUUUGUCGACAAUCGCCCGCCUCGUUCUCACAACGAUCGUCCCUGACUCGCGAAUACGGUCCAUUGUCAUACAGCUUAAACUUGAUACGAUGGACUCUCAAGACUAUCAGCACGUUUGCGAGAGGGCAGAAUUACUGGGUUUGCCAAAGCCCACCGAGGAGGAGUGGAGGCAGACGCAGGCGGCGCAGAGUGAAAAUCGUUGCGACGAUGACGACAACAGUAUAUUACAGGACUUGGAUUACGCGGACGAGACGACCGGACGCAUCGGUGGCGGUUUGGACGAGCUGAACAGCAUUUUGAGCACCACGCAGAAGAAGCUCAACAGAUUCAAGACAGUUUGCGGCAGUCUGGGAUCAUUGCUCAAAGGGAAGGUAAGCUCUCGUGGUGGUACACCGCGCCACAAGCCCGAGGAAUCGAAUCUCAACGAGAAGCAGCAAGCUCAGGUGGAAUUAGGACCAGCGACCGAUGAGGUGAUGACGGUGGAAACGUCGGAUAACACCGUUACGGAUGAUGCAAAGAAUCCUACGGACGAUGAUGCCGCAAACAGCGACGUUAAAGUGAAACAAAGCGACCUCAGUCAGAAGAUGGGAUCCCACUUGGACAAGUUGGAUUCCCUCAUCUCGAAGGCCGAAAACGCUCAAUACAGUAUGCAGCAUCAGUCGAAGCAAAUGCGGAAAUUUUUGAAAAAGUAAACAGAAAUUAUUGAAAAAUCGCCGCUUUGCGACAAUUUACGAAAUAAAUUAAUCAAUAACGAAUCGACUGAACGAUCUGCGUGAAAUUGAUUAUUGAAUCCAUUAAUUCGUAUCUUCCAUUUUGAGCGUAGAAAAUUCGUACAAUGAUGAGAUAUUUUAUGAAUAUGUUUUACGCGCAAAUUGGAUCGAACGCCAGAGUAUAUCUGCCUGGAUAUCUCUGGACACUAACAAUAAAUUUUUCGCCGAUGCAUCUCUAUAAGAGAGCUAAGCGACAUGAGAAAUUACAAUGCAAAAAGCAGGUUUGCAAGCAUAAGGGAUCCCAUAUGGGAAUCCCUUCCAUUGUUCCAUUGCGUACAUAAAUUUUAAUUGUUGCAAACAUUAUCAAUAUUUUUAAUAAAUUAAAUUUAAUAUUAAUAUUUUUCUCGUGAUGUUAUAUAUUCUUGAUGAUCGCGAAUCUCUCGUGAGUAAUUGUUGAUUUUUUUAUAUGUCGCGACGUUGCACCGCCGACAGCCCAAUACUUGUUACAAUAAAAUACGUGUGUUAUUAAAUGUACAUAUAUACAUAUACAUAGAUAUCGUUGACGAAUCUGGAAUGUCGUUAUACGUUAUGUUGGACACGUGAGAGUAUCUACGGUAAUUGAGACUUUGUGCUUGGAUCCUUGACAAUAUCGACAUAUAAAGUGUAAGAGAAGAUGCGAAGGUGCGCGAGUGAGCAAAUUGAACCGGUGAUAAAAUACUUCCUCGUUCUCUCUGCGAGCGAUGUGAUAUUGUUUGACAUCGACCUAGAGAUUAUUGUGACCUCCUAUACAUACUAUAUAACAUAUUUAUUAUUGGAUAAUUUGCGCUCUAUUUUUCUACAUCUAAGUUUUAACGUACUAUAUAUAGCGAUAUAUAACGAAAUAUAUAGCAUAUAUAGCGAGUGAUGGAUAUAUAUUUUAUGAUUGGAUAGUUUGCUCUACUCUUCUCUUCUCCCAAGAGUUUCGUUUCAAUAAUGGACAACAGUAGUUCGUGAUUGACGCAAUCAUUAAAUUUCUGUCGUAAAGGAAAAUUUUGCAAUACUACUCUAAAACAGUAAUAUCCACAGAGAAACAGAGAAAGCGAGAGAGAGGGAGAGAGGAUUAAGCUUCCUUACUGCACACAUCGAACUCUUCCACAUGCUAUAUAUAUACGAUAUAUAUUACAAAAACUAUAACUUGCUACUACAAAAUGUGCAUAUAAAUGGUACAUUUCUAAUAAUAAAUUAAUGGUGUUUCUAAUUAUACGCAAACACUAUAGAGAUUCGGAUUUGAACAACACACCUCACCACAUACUCGAAUACAGCAAUAUGUAUAAUUAUUGCCAAUAUAUCGUUACUGUUAUAAUAUAAUUUAUUCUCGAAGAUAUCUCUGUAUUAUGCCAUUUUGUAAUUAAAUGUCACAUCACCAAAGUGAACUUUAUAGUUUUACCAUCGAAUUGACACCUACAUAAUAGCAUGCAGAACGUUGUAAAAAAAAGAAUACUGAAUUAAAUUUUUACGUCAGGAA